AGGGUUUUUUUUUUCUUUUUUGUUUGGUCGGCCUGUUUGUAGCAGUCGACACGAUCCCGACGGAAAAUAUUGGUGUCAAAGGUGACCCGAACCGAGUUAUCACCCCCUCUCUUACCUGUAAGAAAGGGGACAUAACACACACACACACAUUAAGACACACACGUAUCGUACAAGGGGGCUGGUGUGCUUGAAAGCUUUUCUUGGCGAAUAGAGUUGUUAGUGCGUGCUUGGGUUUAUUAUGGCCUCCACUACCCUUUCAGAAAUAGAUUCAAUAAUGUGAUUGUCAAUUCUAACAUUGGAUUACAUCUUAUUUCCAUAACUGUUUCUUGAGAAACAUUAAUCUGUAAUUAAUUAUUCCAUACAGCAGGACCAUGUCUUCCAAUACCGUUUCCUCGUUCUUCACGAGGUUUCGUCGAGAUAAAUCCAAAGAGCAGAAAGACCCGAAAAAACGAUUCUCAGUUCCGGUUUUCAGCAGCUCCGUGGACGCUGAGCCAAGCGAUCACCAACAUCGUGAUGUGGAGAUAACUCCUUGUCCCUCGCCUACCUCCCCUGCUUUGAAGAGCACAGAAAAUAAAACGAGGUCACCGAAAAGUAGCAGGGUCAAGGAGAACCCCAACUCUAAAUCGUCUGACGGAAAGAAGAGAGGCGGGGCGUUGUCGUACCUCCUGUGCAUGUCCAGAAACGCUGAUACAAUUGACAGGCAUAACGUUACAGGACUCCCCCCUAACCCAAAUAAAAAGUCUAAGAACAAAAACUUUGAAGGAAACGCCCCUGUCAACGAGGCAAUAAACAAAGAAAACAAAAAAGCAAGCAAGAAGAAAAAACCAGUGAAAGGUUGGUUCUCUGUUGAAAGCAUCGUCCCACCUGAUUUUCUCGUCGGCCAAGAACAGUCCAAAGAAAACAUCUACGGCCCUAUGUACCAGCCGACAAGAGGCCCUAGCCAAGGCGUCAGGUAUCGGGUCGACGGUACCCUCGAGAAACCUUACGUCUUCCCCUCGGGCUUUACCUUCGGGCCCGAAGGCCGGAAGCUGAAAUUACGGAGGAGCACCCCUGAUUUCAAGUCCACCAAAAGCAGAUCUGAACUCAAACUGGAAAAUAUUCAAGCCGAUGUUCACCUGCCGACAUCCACUUCGGACGAAUUCAUUUCUGAUCAAGACUUUUUUCUCAAGUUCGAUGCGGCAAAUCAAACCUCCAGGCGUAAUCAUCAUCGCUACAGCAUGCCGGAAGUUCCAGAUGUGCAUGAUUUUUUCUCUCCAAAUAAUAUCAUGAGCAGCAACGAAAGUAAUCUGGAACUAUCUAGGAACAAUUCUUCGAAUACUCAGCCCAGAGAUUCGAAAUACAAGAAUAAUUUAUAUAACGAAACGAAAGCAAAAGACGAAAGUAAUCGAGGCAGUAAAAGGAAUCGAUACAAGAAAAAUCGCUACAGCAUGCCUCCCAAAAACGACGACUUCGUCUACAUGGGCAGCUUCGAAAAUUUGAAUCUUUGCGAUUCUUUGGAGAAACGGCAGAACGCGGAGAAUGAGAGACUCACGAAGGAGGAAAUGAAGAAAGAGAAAAAGAAAAACCGAUACAGCAUGCCGCCGAAAAACCCAGACUGUGUGUACAUGGGAAGUUUCGAGAACAUUCAUUUUAAAUUCAACGGGGAGAAGGGAGUCGACCCUGUUUUGUCUUUGCCUACAAAAGAUGCCAGUUUAUCUAGGAGUUACUCCUCGUCUGCUAGCAGUAGUCGAAAACUGGACAAUGAGGAUGAGUUUAAGUUAUCAAGCAAGGCGAUGAAGACAUUUAAAAAAGGCAAUGUUGAGCAGGUCACUUCUGCAAACAGAGAUUCUCCAAAAAAUUUAAGUCGGCCGCUGGCUGGAAAGCUGCAGGAAAAGAAACAUGAUCUUGAGCCGGACACAUUUGAUGAAAACCUACAGGUCACUAACAAAUCAAAUUUCCCCAACGCUUUUACUCGCUCCGCAGGAAGAUCCUCCUGCAUGCCUGGUAACAAGAGAUCUUUAGCACCUCCACCUGCUGUGUUUGGUUCUGUGACUGUCUCCACUCCUGACCCUUCCAUCCAUUCCAAAGGAGAGUCUACUGAUGGGAAAAGUUUUAAGCUUCCACCUCCGCCAAAUCACACUCCGUCUUGGGAGGAGAUGGAGAAGGUUCAAGUCCGCUUGUCUGAGAUAGCCCGAGGCUGCCACAAAGGUUCUCAAGCUGAUAUUAGCUUCGAUGCUGAAACCAUGAACAUGGAGGAUAGAGACCAGAACGUCAGCGGACUGAAAAGAAUCUCAUCGACUUCUGCCAGUUCCGAUGUCGUAAACGUUUCAGGCAAACACAAAGCUAGCAAAGAAGUUAUUUACGACAUUCCAAAAUCUAAUAAGAAAUUGGUCAAGCAAAACAACACGGAAUCUGUGCAUAAUCAGCAGGCAUCAAAAACAGAAAUGGACCAUUCUAAUAGCUCUAACGACAGUGUUUUUGAAUCCUCCAUUAAAGUGACCAAUACCUCACUACCCAAUAAAACUGACAAUAAGAAAAACUCAUAUUCAAACGUAGAGAUUAUUAACUCGGCAGGAAAACAAACAGUCCACACAAUUAGUAAACCCAGAAACGACUAUGAAUUCAUGUAUCUCUGCUCUACUCCUCAAAUUUCCGUGGCUGCUGAUACGAAACCCAAGCCAUUAAAGUCUUCCGACUCCAUGCGUCUGGACAAAGGACACGUCAUCAUUGCCCCACAAGCACCCAGGGCAUUAACCAGUUCAGAGACAGACGCUUCUAGAAGAAGUGCCGUCGUGACCUCUACGCCAAAAGUUGUCAGAAAGCCCACUUUCACCGAGAAAGAGUCUGAACACUCGAGACCCGUCCCCUCCCCGAGAAAACGCAGCAGCGGAAAUAGAAACAGUGCUGUGACUGAGGACACGCCUUUGACUGUUGUUAAAAUUGACGACUUUGAUAAUUUGGGCACAAACUCCCCAAAUGUCAGCGCUACAACUCCACAGCCAAAGGCCGCCCCUGUUCCGAAAAAAAGAACUAAUUUGUCGUACAGUUCUUCAGCAUGUUCUCACAGCGAGGCAGAGAAAAAGUUUACAGCCUUAGCUCGUGAAGCGAACUCAAAAGAAAUAGUUCAUCAAAGUAUAACAUCUCCAGAUUGCAAGAGUCAGGCAAGCCCCACUGAUGACGCCAAACAUAUUUAUGAAGAUAUUGUAAUCAACAAGCAACCACAGCCAACGUCUCAUAUAGAUCCAAAAAAUAAUCCUUACCAAGUGUGUGGAAGCCUUUUUACCUCAGAGAAGCUAGAAAAAGAGCUACUCUACUUCAAAAAGAGGCCGAAGGCACCUCGCAAGGACACAUCGGCGCUAUCCGCCUUCCUGCCCUUGUCACCGCUGCAGACGUUAAAGCUUACUUCCUCUCCCCUGGCUAAGAGGAAGUUCGAGGCUUCAGAAAACUGGCCUCGCCCCUUGUACACCGGCUUGUCUACUUCCACCUCGGACCUGGCGGACAUGACCGAGCUGCUUGACCCCAACUACUCCAACUGGCUGGUGCCGGGCCCCGGGUUCUAUGACGACGACAACUGCGUGGCAGACGAUGAGCUCAGCGCGUGCAACGAGGAGGACUGGGGGGACGAUGGCGUCGGGGUCAAGGUGAAACGCGGGUCACUGAGAAAGUGGGCGUCGGCGGACGAUAUCAUACGAAGUGGAAGUAUAGUUGACAGAUCAAUGAUUCUUGCCAAGAGAAGACGCCUUCGUAAACGUCAUAAGAAGUCGCACCCUGCCGCCUCCACUGCAACCGCUCCAAGUGCAACGCAUCAUCAGAAACAUCUUCCUCUGCCUAAAGCUGUUACCUCCACCAACAGUCACGGGGUCAACGUUCUUGCCAAAAGUAGAAAAACCAACACACCCAGAGGAGGUGAGCGCCCCCCUCUGAACCACACAGACUCCGGCCAUGACAGUGACAUCAUCUCCCCGUGUGCCAGCCCUUGCGCCAUCGUUGAGAGCUACAUUGGUGAAGGGGAGGAGCCGAACCCAAGGCGUCAGCCAAGUGCCUCCAAAAAGUCUUGGGAAGUUCGGCUUCAGAAUCUGCAGUGGCAAAGAAAAAUAAGAUCAAGAGAGAAUCUGUCAGAAUCGUUAGUUUGAAUUCCAUUUAUACAAAUUUGACACACCACAUUUGAGUAGGAUGUAUUUCCAAUAUAAUAUGUUUAAUGGAAACUGUGUAUAGAAUACAGAGGUUAUACAAUGUAAAAGUCAUGUGUACAUAAACAUAUAUAGCAUAAAUAUACAUUCUAUUAAUAUUUUUGUGCCUUUUACACUAAGGGAAGCAACACAUUAAUUUUUUGAUGAAAUCAAAAUUAAUGAUUUCUCCUCCUUGAUUACAAAUACUAUGACCCUUGCCCCCACAUUAAUUUGUAUUAUAUGUCUCAUUUUAAUUGAACAUAAUCAUACAGGAUGUUUCCUUUGGGCUAUUUCCAACGUAAUUAGCACACUACAUGUAAAAUAUUUAUACAUUACAUUAAGGCAGAGGAAAUGACUUCUCCAUUUCAUACUUGGCCUAGUCAUUGUCCAGAAUGUCUAUACAAUCUCUGCAAUGACUAGAGCUGCUUCAGGCAAAGUGUGAAAUGUUGAUGUUAUGUAACAAGGCUUCAGAACUUUCCAUUUUUAUGUCUGAAACAUUUGAUAUAUAUCUUUGUAAAAUGUUUUACAUGUUCUGGGUGUUCCUACAGAGCUGAAGAUAAUCUACUUCCUAGUCCAAUCUUUCAGCAGCAAUGGCAGUAUUGAGGAAAUGAACCCUGGACCAUCAAGAAAAUUGAUCAAUUGUCUAGCACGUAUGCUGCACUACCAGGCAGCCCUAUUUGGCAAUUUAGAGAUAGACCAAAUUUUAAAAGAUCUAUACUAUAGCUUUACUUGUCUUCACAAAAAAAAAAGGGUCUCAACAUAAGGGAUUUUAUUAGUCUCAAAAUUUAGAUGGUUUAUCAACUUUAUAAUCAACUAAAUGUCAGGUUGAUCUAAUCAAUUUAAAGUCCAAACCACAUAAAAAAAAAAAAGAAGACAGAAAUUGAUUCUCCAAUGAAAGACUUUUUUUUUCCCAGCUAAGUACUAAUUAAGAAAAUGUUGGGCAUGGAGUUGUUUUUUUAUGCAAAUGAUGAACUUGCGUAAAGGGUCACAUGGUCUGAGAAGUCUAUGAUUAAAGUAAAUGAUAGGUUUACAGUCUUUGAUUUACUAACAUUCCUCAUUAAAUACAUGGUUGUUUUACGUGAGUCUGAUGUUCCUUCAGAGUUGAAGGUAAUUUACUUCCUAGUCGAAACCUCCCGCAGGAUGACGGGGGGAUGGAAGGGAGGGUUGGUUGGAACCUGAGACCAUCAAUAAAUCAGAAUUACUGUCCAGCAAGCAAGCUUCACGACCAGGCAACCAUCCUGUAAGCCUUUAGAUCUCACUAUAUAUCACUUGUUUUGACUUGGUUCUAUAUACAUAUAUAUGUAUUUAAAUGGAGGUGAAUGGUAACCUUAAUUGGGUAUCACAGCAUUUGUUUCCACACAAGAUAUUUUACAUGAAGCAAAGAAUAAGAAAUAGCUGAGAAAUACAAUAAAAGAGUCUACAAGCAGAACAUGUAGAAGAAGAGACUUUUUUUUCCUCAGCUUUGCCUUCACUUUCACUUGUCUCCACUUGUCCUAGCAUAUGGAAUAAGAAAUGUGCCUUUAUUUUGCGUCUUUCUGAGUAUUUUUUUAGGUUUUGUAUUUGUAAAUUAUGGUUCAAUUAGGUUCAUAGUUUUUAUGUAUUACUGCCCUUUUACCUUUUAGUUUUCUGUACUGAAGGUUCUCUAAAUUUACUAAUUUUACUAAUGUUAUAAUUCUAAUAAAAUUUUAAUAUUCAUUUGUUAUAAAUCUCACAGCUAUAUUUUGCUUCUGUUCUAAUUUUAGUAUUUGCCUAACCAAAGUUUAGUUUUAUUCUCUUGUUUGAUAUUUUAAAAACUUAUUUUAAUAAACCCUAAUGCUUUGUUUCAUUUUUUAAUAAUUUCAUCAAAAUGGGGAUUUCAUAUCAAGUUAUGGGCUUUACUGUCUGUAUGGACUGUAGCACUGUUAACACCCCUACACUUUUAAUACAAUAUGUUCAUAUUUCUCUUUCACUUCUGACACCGAUAUGUUACUGUCUGACUUUUAGUUUGUAGCUAGUACAACUAAACUGAUUUUGGUGUAUUAAAUUUUUUAUGUAGAACAUGAAGUGAAAAUAGCAAGGUUAUUUUGAACAAACUGAAAAUGACUUGAUGGUAGAUAUACAUUAAAACACAAAUGAAAUGAUAACUUAAACACUAAAACUAAACGUGUUUUCCAUUUCAUAUCUCUUGAUAGUCUCCCCUUUCUUCCACUUUUUACCAGUAUUUAUUUACUUGAAUUAUCGCAGACCACCUCAAAAUUUUAUCAGAUAUUCUUGAAUCUACAUAAACAAAUCAUUUGCCCCUUUUCGUCUACCCUAUUACAUCAAAAACAUGUACAUACAUUCCAUGCCAACAAAAGUCAACUUGCUGACUUUAAAUUAUCAGAAAUGAAAAGGGAAAAUGUUAGUUUAGAAUCCUACUACCACACAGGGCCAGAUUUAAGCAUGGGGAGGCCCCUACAAUUUUUUAGAAAGCUUGAAUAAAGAUACACCUAUGAAUGAAAAUACUUAUAUUUAGAAGCGAGCUAUAUUUUAGAAGAAAGAAAGAGAGUUCUUGUCAAUUUAAUCUGACAUAUUUUAGUUUAAAAAUUUUAUUAUUUUGAGUUUAGGAAGGUAAGGCUCUUCGUAGAUGCACUGUCAUCAAUCCGUAAAUUUACUUAUUCAUAACAUGCUACAAGAGUACACUUCUUAAUCACAACAUUUUGCCAGCCAUAAAAAUGCAAAAAAAAACGGAAAAAAAAACUGAAAAGUUUCUUGCCCAUCAAAAUUCUGAUAUAUUUUAAUCUCUUUUGUGGUUGUAGCCCCACUUUUCUCAUAAAAUCUGGCCCUGCUACCACAGAUACAGAUUCAAUCCCUGAAGUUACAAAAAUACCUAUAGAUUACAUUUUAGUUUCUUUUUUUUUUAAAUUUAUAUUUGAUAUUAAAGUAGGAUUUAAACUCUGGACUAUUGGUUCUACAUCUUCAUUGUAAUAUAAAAUAUAUGUUUUCAUUGAGUAAUAAUGUUUUGUUUCUUGCUAGGUUAAGAUUUGAACCAGGAUUUUUAAAUUCACAAUUCAACCACUGCCCUCCCAUCAUAUCAUAAUAAUUAUGUUCUCUAGAAUAUUCAUUCUUUUUUUAAAGUACCACGCUAUUUACAGCCUAAACAUGAUUACAUUAUGUAUAAUUUGUAAAUUUUAGUUUAAAAUUAGGUACAUUUGAUUAAUUCUAUAUGAGAUGUUAUUGUAAGGAUGUAUAUACUUUUUUUUUGUUCUUAUUUUAUGUAUCUAAAAAUAUUCAUUAAUUUGAUUAAUACUAAAUAAUUUUCAUGAAAAUAAAUUGUUUUAUAUGCCCCUUGAAUGUUUUAUAUGCCCUUUUGAAUGUUUUAUAUGCCUCUUGAAUGUUUUAUAUGCAUUUUGAAUGUUUUAUAUGCCUUUUGAAUGUUUUUUCAUGCCCUUUGAAUGUUUCAUAUGCCCUUUAAACUAUUGACUUUAAAAAGGGAACAAAUUAGUUUAAUGACAUUUACUCUGCAGCUAAAUGCAUUUUUUUUUUAUCAAAGGCAGCUGUUUUUUUUCUUCUAAAUGAAUUAUACUUAGCUUAGAGUUAAAUGACUGAAUUUGUCAUCAGUAUCCGUCCAAAAAAUUAUAACAUAUUAGUCCAGCGUUAAGAUGAUGAGACCAAUCCAGGUUAUAGAGUUUUGUUAAAAUAGCUUUUGGACUUCUCAGUUUAUAUAUCCUUCAGUGUAAUAGAUGAUUAUAAUAAUUAGCUUAUACAUCCUUCAGUAUAACAGUAUAACAGAUGAUUGUAAUAAUUAGCUUAUUAUACCUCCUUCAGUAUAACAGAUUAUUAUAAUGAAUAGCUUAUACCUUUUUCUGUAUAACAAGAUGAUGAUAGUCUACAGUCCAUUAAAAUUCUUGGUUCAAGUUUGAAGAUGAAGUCAAAAGCUCAUCAAGUAUGCCAGGAAGACAUUGAUUGAUGUUUACAUUUUUCAGUUGUUCUUUUUAGCCAGUUAAUAUUUUGAGCUGUAAAAUGCGGUGGCCGAGUUGUAACAUUCUUGGCUUCUGAACAGAGGGGUCCUGAGUUUGAAUCCUGGUUUAGGCUGAGAUUUUGAAUUCAAGGAUUUUAAGGGGUCCACCCAACUCAACUGGGUAACUGACAUAUGCUAGGGAAGUCAAAAAUUUUGUUUGUUUUGCUGGCCACAUGACACCUUUAUUAAUAGUGGACCAUAGAAAUAAAUGAGCUUUAGCAUUAUCUGCCUCUCACAUAUUGCAUAGUCUUUUCAAGGGGUGGGGGAUUUUAACUUUUUAAAUAUUUUGAACAAUUUACUCAGCAUUUAUUUCUGUCUCGCAUUUCUGUAUCUGAUGUAUGAUGAUUUGAACUUUGUCCAAACUCUCUUUGAAUGUUUAUUAACUAUGUUUAUUCAUAUAUUAUAAAGUUUAUUUGAAACAAAAUUGUUGGUGAUUUAAUCUUUGUUUACUAUAGAAGUUUAAUGUGCAAGCACACAUUAAAGUACUUACUUUCAUGUGUUAAAUUUUCUACACAUUUAGGUAAUUUCUUAUAUUGUUAUUUCUGUACUUUUUUUUAAUAGCUAUAGCAUUGAUACUGAAUUAUAGAAAUAGUCUUUAUAAAUGUUAAAGAUCCACAAAUGUUACAAUUAUGUAGUGAUAUUAAAAUUGUGAAUAUAUGAUGUUUACUAUAUACAAUUAAAUGAUAAUUAGUUUUCUAAA